AUGAAUUCUUGUUUCAUCUUUCUUUCUUUCUUUCUUUCUUUCUUUCUUUCUUUCUUUGCUUUUUUCACCCUUUAUCCUUCAUUGCCUUCUUUCUUCAUAUUUCUUUUUCUCAUUUUUUUUAUAUACAACUCUUUCAUUUUUCUGAAUUCCUUCUACAAUGAACAAUAUUAUUUAAUGUUCGGGAUUACCUUCCGAGGGGAUAGAGAAAACGAGGGAUCCUAUCUUUUUAUUUAUCUCUCUUUCAUUUUGCUAACCCUAUCUAUCUAUCUAUCUAUCUAUCUAUCUAUCUAUCUAUCGAUCUAUCUCUCUCUCUCUCUAUAUAUAUAUAUAUAUAUGUUCUUUCUUAGUUCAUCCUUUAUGAUAAUCUCUCUCUUUUUCACUAUCUCUCUCUUUCAAUAUCUAUCUAUCUAUCUAUCUAUCUAUCUAUCUAUCUAUCUAUCUAUCUAUCUAUCUAUCUAUCUGUGUGUAUUAACGAUUUGCGCAAGAACAUUCUCACAUAACUCUCUCUUUUCUUUCUUUCUUUCUUUCUUUCUUUCUUUCUUUCUUUCUUAUAUCCUUGCUUUUACAAACUACAUUAAUCUCCCUUUUCAUUCUUUCUUUCUCUCUUUCUUUCUUUCUUUCUUUCUUUCUUUCUUUCUUUCUUAUAUCCUUGCUUUUACAGCCUACAUUAAUCUACCUUUUCAUUCUUUCUUUCUUUCUUUCUAUCUUUCUUUCUUUCUUAUAUCCUUGCUUUUACAACCUACAUUAAUCUCCCUUUUCAUUCUUUCUUUCUCUCUCUCUUUCUUUCUUUCUUUCUGUCUUUCUUAUAUCAUUGUUUGUUCAACCUAUAUUAAUCUCCUUUUCCUUUCUUUCUUUCUUUCUUUCUUUCUUUCUUUCUUUCUUUCUUUCUUCCCUUUUCUUGCCUUCUUUUUUCUUUGUUUCUUUGUCACUGUUUCUUUCUGUCUCUGUCUUAUUUUAUUAUAUUUUCUCCUCCCUUCUUUACCUACUGUUUUUCUUUCUUUUCCCCAAAUUCACCAUCUUAUACCCCUUUUCUCUUUCUUUCUUUUUCCUUCUUUCGUUUUCCCGCUUUCGUUCAUUUCCUUUUUCGUUCAGUCUGCUUCUUCUUUACUUUUCUCAUUUCUCCUUCUUACAUUUUGUUUUCCUUCCUAUUUUUCUUCCCCUCAAUCUUACAUUCUUUAA